ACGGAAACAUCGUUGCCCAUGAUUAUCGGCUACAGUUUGGAUUUGUGUGUGUCACGAGAUACCGUCGUUCGUGAUCAUCCUUUUCAAAGAAUUCUGCUCUAGCUCGAUUCCACAAUUCGAACAACAAACAACUGUAUUGUUUUAGAUCAUCUUUAUAAAGGCGGAUAACUAAUCCUUAUUGUAGUAUAUGAAACGCGCAUGAUCCUAAGUGGGCUUCGACGAGCAGCAAUGACGCACUGGGUGUUUGUGUAUGGAACACUGAAAAAAGGCGAACCCAGUCAUCACGUCAUUACAACCAAGAACAAUAAAGUUGCUAAAUUCGUUAGCAACGGUCGCACAGUUCAUCAAUUUCCAUUAGUAAUCGCCUCUUCAUUCAAUAUUCCCUAUCUCCUAUACAAGCCCGGCACUGGUCAUCGGAUACAUGGUGAAGUCUACAGUGUUAACGAUGAUAUGCUCACGGCACUUGACGACCUCGAAAAUCACCCAAAUUACUAUGUUCGACAGCAAGAACCAGUCGAGAUCUCAGACGGUUCGAUCCUGACUCCAUGGGUAUAUUUCCUCAUAGACUUUCAGGAGAAGCUCUUACAGAAACCGUUUCUCGACAACUACUCAUCAAGUGGCUCUCAUGGACUCGUUUACGUCGACAGGUAUCUUCGCGAUAGGCAAGAUCCCACACAUGAGCACUAUUUGCAGGUGAAGCAAGUGAAAGAUAAUUUGUGAAGACACCGAUAGUUUUCCAGGAGAUGGGUGAUGGCUUACCAAAUCACACUACUAUUAUUUGACGGAUGUUUUCUAUUUACUUUGUAAUAAAAAGUGUCGCAGGGAAUUCCUGAACUAGA